AGAUGAACAGAUCCUAAGAUUUUAUUAUCCAGUUUUCAGUCACUUUUCCCUCAUUGGAACAUGUACUUAAAGGACCCAGUCCAUUAAGAUCCUCAGAUUACCUGAUCAAGGUCAAAGUUCAACUGCUCUAAAAGUCUACUUUUCAUGUCUUGUUUAACUUGAGUAGCCUUCAUAGAUUUCAUUGUAUUAUUAUCUUUUUAAGUGCACUGUUUACUCCUUGUAUUUUUUUCCUUUUCUAAUUAAGUAUCAGAGAUCACGAUCUUCAGGUAAGAUGAUCGGGGUCAAAGGUUAUUCAGGGUCAAUGAACCUUGACUAUGUUUUGGUGUCAACAUUACAACUUUUAAACCAAGGUUAUUGUUUUGACUUCUCAAGACAUUAUUGAAAGUACAUGUCCCGUAUUGCACAUAGUGGCUAUCAAGUAUCUGCAAAUAAAUUGAAUGUGAAAAAUUGAUCAUUAGUUUGUAAUUUCCCCUCGAUCAUCUUCUCCCGCUUCUUGCUAUUCUUUGUUUCCAUUCCAUCAAUAGUCCCAUUUUAAUUCCUUGCUGUAUCAUUCUUACACGUUCUCUGAUGUGCUCUUUAUCAAGUAUUAAAAAAAAAAAAAAGAAUGUCAGCCUUUAUUCUUGUCUCAUUAUUUCUCUUUUAUUUGAUGAAAAUUACAGCUUUUAAAUUCCCUAUUUCAUUGCAAAGUUUUUUUCCCCUCAAACUCUGAUACUAUAUAAAAAUUGAUGUACAUGUACCUCUCUUUUUAGCUGCACGUUGGGAACAGCAGAAGAAGGCCACUGCAGGGAAGAAGUCUGCAGAAAAGCUGUCUUCAUCUCAUAUGCAAACUUCAAGACAAAAUGCCUCUUCAAGCUCAGAAGGAUCUCAAGAUCAGGAACCAGACAUGGCCAAACUAAUGGGAUUUUCAGGAUUUGGUAAGAAAGCAAGAACAUUCGACCUCGACAAAAUGUUUGAACAAACUCGAAGAACAGCACAAGAAAUCUCUAAGAAUAAAAGCAAGGCUGAUAGUGGUGACGAUGAUGAUAGUGAUGCUGAAGGAGAUGACCCCAGGAAACGAUUUGUACAGAAAACUGCAAAUAAAUCGAAGCAAGCUGACAGUGAUGGAGAUGAUGAUGAUGAUGACAUGAUUGGUCCACCAUUACCUCCAGGGUUUAGCCGACCUUCGACCUCAAACAAAGCCUCCACAGAGAGUGAUGAUGACGAUGAUGAGGAAUACGAAGAGGAUGAUGAAGACAACUUGCCUCCAGAGAAAAAGAUUCCUGCAACCCAUGAGAUAGUGCUGAAUCACGGCAAUAAAUCAGUAUCGGCUGUAGCUCUGGAUCCAUCAGGUUCUAGGCUUGUGACUGGUGGUUAUGACUUUGAUGUGCGUUUCUGGGACUUUGCUGCUAUGGAUCCUUCAUUGAACUCCUUCAGGUCUUUCCAACCUUUUGAAUGCCAUCAGAUUCGAACCUUACAGUACAGCAUCACGGGAGACAGGAUACUCAUGGUGGCAGCAAAACCUCAGGCAAAGGUCGUUGACCGGGAUGGCUUUGAGGUCAUGGAGUGUGUCAAAGGUGACCAGUACAUCGUUGACAUGGCCAAGACUAAGGGACAUACUGCAAUGUUAAACGGAGGCUGCUGGAAUCCGAAAGUAAAAGAAGAAUUCAUCACUUGUGCAAAUGAUGGCACGGUGAGGUUAUGGGAUGUAAAUCAGGCGUGGAAGCAGCAGCAGGUCAUCAAGUUCAGAGGUCAAGGGGGUCAGAAGACCAAUCCGACCUGCUGCGUAUACAGCAGAGAUGCUAAGCUUAUCGGAGCAGGGUGUCAGGAUGGCAGUAUACAACUCUGGGAUAUGAAGAGACCUUUGGUAAGACCGACCUAUCAACAAAAGAACGCUCAUGGCAUGGGUACGGAUACAUCCUGCAUCACAUUCUCAUAUGAUAAUCUGAUCUUUGUUACAAGAGGUGGUGAUGACACAAUGAAAUCCUGGGAUCUUAGAAACUUCAAGAGACCGGUUAAUGUUGUGACUGGCCUUGAAAGCUUCUAUCCAGUAGCUGAAUGUUGCUUUAGUCCAGAUGAUCAGAUGAUUUUAGCUGGUCAGUCGGUGAGGAGAGAGCAAGAAGGAAAACUAAUGUUCUAUGACAGACACACCUUCAAGAAAAUCACAGAAUUAGAAUGUGGACAAGGAAGUGUAGUGCGAUGUAUGUGGCAUCCAAAGUUAAAUCAGAUCAUCAUUGGCUCUGGCAGUGGACUCGCAAAGGUCUUCUAUGAUCCCAACAGAAGUCACAGAGGAGCCAAACUAUGUAUGGUCAAGAAGAGGAGAAAGAGGGUGGAGCCUGACAUUGUCAAGAGCGAACACAUCGUUGCUCCUGUCAUGUCAAGAAGAGGGAGACAUCGUAACAGGGAGGAGCCUCAGGAGAUUAUGGCUUAUAAGAAGCAGAUGAAAGACAGACAAGAUCCUGUGAAGUCAAGGAAGCCUGAUCUACCCAUCAAACAAGGUCAAGGAGGUCGUAUCGCGGCUGGAGGUAGCACCCUUUCACGCUACGUUGCCAUCAAUAUCGCCCUCACGAAGAAGGUCGAUCCUAACAUCAGUGCUCGGGACGCCAUCUUGAGACAUGCCAAGGAUGCGGAGGAGAAUCCGUUGUGGAUUGCACCAGCCUAUAAACAUACUCAGCCCAACCCCAUCUUCCAUGAAUCAGAUGAAGAAGAAGAGGAGGAGGAGGGGGGACCCAGCUGGUCCAAGAAGGCAAAACUGGACUCCGCUUCCAAGAAAUGACACAACUGAUUUCUAGCUAGGACUAGGACGGAGGACAAAACGACAGAUACAUGUUAACCCUAAGAGUUAGCAGAUAAGUUCAGUUAGCUCAUUUUAUAAAUGUCUGCCUUAAGAUGUGAAGAAGAACUAAAAGAUAAGUGGUUCGAAUCCGAUCCAGGUGGAUGACUUAGGCGAACAUUUGUUAACAUGUCUUUGCAUUGUUUCAGGGUAGGUUACAAUGGACAGCACUCUGUCCCACGGAUAGGAUGUUAAAAGAAAAUCCUUUGAAGGAGAAAGUAACUUCCUUAUACCAUAAGAGUUCUCUUUAAUAUUCAUUUGUAUUUAAGGGGAUACCCACUGACUAAUUAGUUGUUUCGUAGACACAGGUUAUGUUGAAAAGUCCCAUGGAUAGGAUGUCAAAUUCAGAAUCUAUGUACUCCCUUUUCUUAGACACAACCCUCUGAAGCAUUCCUUUAAAUAUAGGGGGAAACCCACUGACUUCUCCCACUUGGACAGAGUUUUUGCAUGCAUCAGGGACUCCUCACAUUUACGCAGACGCAUAAACAUACGCAAUCGAACAAUAUAGUCAAAUAGAGAUCGAGGUUUCUUUCCAGAUAGUGGUGUUCUAUUGCACAAUGUGCCAGUAAAAAAAUGAGAAAAGAAGAGAGAUGUAGGGAAAGCAAUGAAAUUAGAGUCGGUCAUCACCUUUUUCCUAGUCAAAUUUAAAUUAAAAAAAAACUUUUUUAGCCUAAUGCUUGAAGUGGGGUUGUUGC